UGGUAACUACAAUUGUUUGAAAUGUUAAAAGCAUUUUUAGAUUUGACUAAUGUGUUUUAUGCUGCUUUAGGGAUAAUUUUAUUUUCUUUUUCUGGUCCUAUUUUCUUUUUUAAUUCUACGAGAGAAAUCUAAAAGUCAUAUGCUGGCAUGAUUGGUCUUCCAUUUUAUGUAUCUCUAAUCUUAAGGCUCUGUUUGUUUCGCUGAACAAUUUUUUUAAGGAAACAUGUUUUUGAGGGAAAAUAAAUUGCACAGUUUCGUUGCAACACUGAAAGACUCCGCUAUUUCAUUGUGGAAUUUCUUUGGGGAAAAAAAUGUACUUUUCUUUCAUUUAGCUAGAUUAUAAAUUUUUUUUGGAUAUUUAGACCUCAUAUUCUCUUAUUUAUAGCUUGAUGGGAGAGAGAAGUACACAGAAAGGGGGUUUGGUUUUUCUUCUUUUUUUUUUGGUGGGGUGGGAGGUGCAGUUGGUGGUGUGUGUGUGUUUAAAUUAUAGCUAUUGGUAAUGGCUGUUGACAGUUAGAGAUUGUGGGUAGACUAAUGAGUUAGUGUCUAUGCAGUUCUGCUGUAUGCUUUCACCCUUUUUUUUUUUUUUAGUUUUUGAACAUCCAAAAGAUUACUUCCUAUGUGAAAUGAAAAUGGGAAGUCACUUUUUUUUUUCAACUGGUAUAGCUUUCUCUUUGCUCGGAUUAUCUUUCUGCUGGCUAAUUCUCCAGAGUUCCUUAAAUGCUAGAAAAGAAAAAAGGGAAAAGAGAAUUAAUAGAAAGAGUGUACAUAGAACAAAAGAAGCGAAAGAUUUCAUUCAGAAAUCAGUAUCACUUAUUGGAAAUUAAUGUUCCAUGUGUUGUGAUAUGCUGUUCUGUCAGAUUAGCCAAAGGGUUUUUGAACUGAUGAGAAGUGAAUCUUCAAGCGAUGCCCUACUUCCAAAACUGGAGGUGACUGGAGUUGAUAUUUCUAAAGGAAAUGAGUGGAAGGAAUUCAGUACCAAGUCUUUACCAUUUGAGUUGUACAAAAGGCGUACAACUGUAAUUGUUAGAAGAGAAGCCUUCUUAAAUGUUGUUUGUGAAUCUCUCACCGAAUACAAGUAUGUGGGUCCUAACCAGAGGGCAGACUUGGUUUUGGCAUGCAGAAUCAGAGAAAGGAAGGAAUCUGUAACUGUGCUGUUGUGUGGAACUAGUGGUUGUGGCAAAUCUACUUUGUCUGCCUUGCUGGGUAGCAGGUUAGGAAUUACAACAGUAAUAUCUACUGAUUCAAUUCGGCACAUGAUGAGGAGCUUUGUUGAUGAGAAGCAGAAUCCUCUGCUCUGGGCUUCAACAUACCAUGCAGGGGAGUAUUUGGAUCCUGUGGCAGUUGCUGAAGCGAAAGCUAAAAAGAAAGCAAAAAAGUUGGCUAGCAUUCCAAAUGCACGACAUAAGGAUGAAGAGUAUGAUGGUUCUACUAUGGUGAAAGCUGACAGUCAGGCCCCAGAUAUGGGUUCCAGUAUUACCGAAUUGAUUAGUCCUAAACAAAUGGCAGUUGAAGGAUUUAAGGCACAAAGCGAGAUGGUGAUUGACAGUCUUCAUCGUCUAAUCACUGCGUGGGAAGAGAGGAAAGAAUCAGUGGUUGUUGAGGGUGUUCACUUGAGCCUUAAUUUUGUGAUGGGGCUUAUGAAGAAACAUCCUUCAAUCAUACCAUUCAUGAUAUAUAUCACUAAUGAAGACAAACACUUGGAACGAUUUGCUGUUCGUGCAAAGUAUAUGACAUUAGAUCCGGCUAAAAAUAAAUAUGUAAAGUAUAUAAGAAACAUCAGAACGAUUCAAGAUUAUCUUUGCAAACGGGCUGAUAAACAUCUAGUCCCCAAAAUUAACAACACGAAUGUUGACAAGAGUGUGGCAGCCAUUCAUGCAACAGUUUUCAGCUGUCUUCGCAGGCGUGAGACAGGGGAGCCACUUUAUGAUCCUACCACACACACUGUUGCUGUUGUUGAUGAGGAGUAUAGGAACCAAUGUGCUGCCAAUUCAUUGAGCUCCAAAGGAAUGUUUCAGCUUAUCCAGAGGAAAGGUUCUUUUAGGCAUCUGAUGGCUCUUGUUAAUACUGACGGGUCUGUGGCAAAGGCUUGGCCUGUUGAUACUGUGGAUAGUAGUGGAAAGCCUGUAUUGGGCUAUGGAAUUGACAAUUGUAUAGGGAUCCCUAUGUAUGGUCCAUUGCAGAUCGGUAAGGCUGAACCAGUUAAUCUCCAGUUUGGGCAUUUUGGGAUCAGUGCUUGGCCAAGCGAUGGUGGCACAAGUCAUGCUGGAAGUGUUGAUGAAUCAAGGGCUGAUUGGACUGAUACUGGAAGUAAAUAUCACUCUUCUUGUUGUAGUUCACCUCGGAUGUCUGAUGGACCUUCCAAAGAGCUGAAGGAGGAACAGUCAGUGCAUGGCAGUGAUGAAGAAGUUGACGACCCACCAGAGGUGGACAGUGAUGAAGAUUUUAGUGAUGAUGGAGAUCAACACGUGCAUGAAGAGAUUGGCUCAGUUGAUGAGGAGUCUACGAAAUCUGAUGAAGAGUACGAUGAUUUGGCAAUGCAAGAUGUGCAGGAGAAUGGCUAUUGGUCAGAUGAUGAUGAUGAGUCCAAAGAUAAGGUGGCCCCUAUUUCCGGCGGCCGGUCAAGCCCUCUGAAAGGAGAUAAGUACAUGCAGAAUCUAGACCGCUUUCUGAGGACUAGAAGUGAGCCACUGGCUGAGCCAUUAUGCGCUUACUCUUCUCUGCUUGCGGAAAAAGGUGGGAGGAGAAUGUCCAACUCUGGCAGUGGCAAAAUGAGAAGACGCUCCCUAAGCAUUCCUGCCAUUGGGAAACAUGGGUCGGAAGUUGCCGGUCCCAUUCUCUCUGGAGCUCCACAUAGAUAGUAGAACGAUUUUGUGCUAACUACUGCUUUUCUCGGUUCUUUAACGUGUAGUUAGUUGUGGGUUAUCUGGCGAUCAAUCCAUCCUUUUCCAUAGUGAUUGCAGUUGCACGACUUGGAUUGGCUUGAUUUUGUAUGUUUAAUUUUUCGUUUCUUUUUGGGUGUAAGAAAUCAAGCAAGUGGAGAGGUUUCAAAAUUUAAUGGCACAGAUAGAUUGGUAGGGAGCCAGCAAAGUUUAGUAGAUGUAAAUAAACCAGUAUGAUGAACAGUUGGGUCAUUGUUUUCGUCUGCA